UUUAGGAUCUGUUCCAGGUUAUAACCCCUACCUGAUUUUAAAAAUGUAAUACCAUUGUUUUUUUUCCUCUACACAGGCUACAUAGCUGUAAUCUCACUGCUCAGUCCUGUGAAAAUGUAUCAUCAGCUAUACAAUUGUUAAACUCUGUACUGAGAGAGCUAGACAUGACUAACAAUUGCCUGAAUGAUUCUGGGAUAAAGCUUCUUUCUGAUGGACUGAAGAGUCCAAAGUGUAAACUGGAGAUACUGAGAUUUCCCAUAUGUAAUCUCACUGCUCAGUCUUGUGAGAGUUUGUCAUCAGUUUUACAAUCCUCAGUCUCUGUUCUGAGAGAGCUGGACCUGAGUAACAAUGACCUGCAGGAUUCAGGAGUGAAGCUGCUUUCUGAUGGACUGAAGAAUCCUAACUGUCAACUGGAGAUACUGAGAUUGUCUGGCUGUAUGGUGACAUAUGAAGGCUGUCAUUAUGUGUCUUCAGCUCUAAGUUCUAACCCCUCACACCUGAGAGAGUUGGAUCUGAGCUACAAUCACCCAGGAGAUUUAGGAGCGAAGCUGCUCUCUGAUGCACUCAACCACCCAAACUACACUCUGGGCAAUCUCAGUGUGGAUCAUGGAGGAGAAUUCAGGAUUACAGCAGGACCACACAAAUAUGCCUGUUAUCUCACACUGGAUUCAAAUACAGCAAACACUGAACUCAGUCUGUCUGAGGAGAACAGAAAGGUGACAUACGUGUUUAAGUCUCAGCCAUAUCCUGAUCAUCCAGACAGAUUUGUGUAUUAUCCUCAGGUGUUGUGUAGAGAGUGUGUGUAUGGACGCUUUUACUGGGAGAUUGAGUGGAGUGGGAGUGUGUGCAUAUCAGCAUCAUACAAGAGCAUCAGCAGGAAGAAACGGGAUGAUAAGUGUUUGUUUGGACGUAAUGAUCAGUCCUGGAGUUUGGACUGCUCUCCUUCCAGAUGUUCAUUCUAUCAUAAUAAGACAGUGACGGAUCUCCCUAAAGUGUCCUUCAGAAGUAGAGUAGGAGUGUAUGUGGAUCAGAGUGCAGGAACUCUGUCCUUCUACAGCGUCUCUGGAGACACAAUGAGCCUCAUCCACACAGUCCAGACCACAUUCACUGAGCCUCUCUAUCCUGGGUUUUAUGUCUAUAAUGGAUCAGUGAAACUGUGUUGAUGUUUCAGUAUUGACUGUAGAGAGAUUCUACUAAUAAUCAUUUGAGCUGCUUCCCAGCUAACAAUUGAAGCAACUGCAGUAAUUCAGCAAUUAAGUGAUUAAGUAAAUGAUGAUUGGGCAAUAUUGAUGAACACCUUUAACUGCUACUACUAUAGAGAAGAACAGUUAACCAGUCAGGUAACACUUUCUAUAAAGACCAUGCUUAUAAUGAAAUAUAGCUCCAUUUAUACUUAUUUAUAAGUAAGUAUUACUAUUUUAUAAAUAUAAUUAUAAAGACUUACCGCAUUAUAAGAACAGUUAUAGUUACGUUUAUAUUAUUUUUUACAAUUACUUAUAAGUCAUGCAUUUGCUUUUUCAAUGCCCAUGCUCAUAAUCUAUUAUACACUGAUUUAUUAAUUAGUCAGUCAUAUGGUUCCCAGAAUGUAUUAUACUACAGUUACAAUGACAUUUUAUUCAUAUUUAUUUCUGUCAACUUAGUGAAUAUAUUGUUAUUAAUAGCUGUGUUGUGUUUUUAUAAAUGCUUAUUGUAAUAAUAGUUACUAAUCUCUAUAAAUGCAUCAUUGUUGGCUUUAAAUAAAUUUUGGCAUUGUUGGCAUUUCAAGUUGUAUACUAACUUGUAAAUGUAACUAAUGAACUAUAAUUAUUGUUGUAAAAUAAUGGGGGGAAAAUCAGAAAUCAUUAAUACAAACAGUUGAGAAAAAAGUAUCUUUUUUUAAAUGUUACAUACUAGCAAAACACUGCAACAAUAUUUUUUAAAGUAUAAUUCGAAACUGCUAUAAGCAAUACCAUGCAUAUGGCUGAGGAGAUAUUUCAAUUUCAAUUUAUUUAUAAAGCACAAUUAAACACAACGACCGUUGACCAAUGUGCUGUACAAAGUAAAAACAACAAAGUCACAGAUAAAUAACUACAAAACAUCAAACCAGGACAACUACAUCACCAGUCAUAUAGUAUAAGACAGAUCAAAUAAAAAAGUUUUUAACUUAGAUUUAAAAAUGGACAGAGUAGGGGCAGUUCUAAUAUCAGUAGCAAACUGUUCCAGAGUUUUGGUGCCGCUAUGGAAAAUGCUUGAUCUCCCCUAGUCUUGAGCCUAGAUCUAGGAGCCACUAAGUUGCCUCAAGUUGGCAGACCUAAGAGCUCUUGUAGGUUGAUGGACUGUCAACAAAUCAGAAAGGUAAGAUGGUACCCAUUUAACGACUUAAAAACUAAUAAAAGAACUUUAAAAUGUAUCCUAUAAUGCACAGGUAGCCAAUGGAGUGACUGGAGGAGAGGAGUUAUAUGUUCCCGUUUGCAAACUCCUGUCAGGGCUCUGGCAGCAGCAUUCUGAACCAUCUGAAGGUAAUUUAUGGAAGACUGACUAAUCCCCAAAUAAAGAGGAUUGCAAUAAUCAGGCCUUGUGGUGAUAAAACCAUGUAUUACUCUUUCAAAAUUUGUAAAUGAAAGAAAGGACUUCAUUUUUACCAGGGUUCGCAGCUGGUAAAAGCUGGACUUCACAACUUGGUUGACCUGUCUAUCAAGCUUUAGGACACUAUCCAACACCACGCCCAGGUUUUUCACACAUGGCUCAUCAUAAGGUGCCAGAGCACCAAGAUUUACAUUAACUGUACCAUGUACAUCAGAGGGAGUAAACACCAUAACCUCAGUUUUACUCUCAUUCAAACUUAAAAAAUUCAGAGACAUCCAUGCUUUACCUUCCAAAAGGCAAGCGGCAACCUGUUCUACACCAUUCUUAUGUUUAAGAGGAAAAUAUAUUUGUGUGUCGUCUGCAUAACAAUGAUAAUUUAGGCCAUACUUUUCAAAGAUAGUACCAAGAAGGGAGCAUGUAUAGAGAAAAUAACAUAGGAGCUAAUGUGGAGCCCUGAGGAAUCCCACAGGUCAAUGGUACAGAAGAAGAUCGAAAUUUACCAAUAUUGAGAGAAAAACUCCUGUUUGUCAGGUAAGACUGAAACCAAUGUAAGGCUGAACCUCUGAUGCCCACUAUCUGUUCUAAAUGGGACAGCAGAACAUUAUGGUCUACUAUGUCAAAAGAAGCACUUAAG